AUGAUUCAUUUUUCCAGGUACAUUUCGUUUUUCCUUGGCAAGAAUGAUCUCACUAAAGCCCGUGCUACUGCUGAACGCGCACUCACUGUUAUUAACUAUAGAGAGGAAGCUGAAAUCUUCAAUAUUUGGACGGCGUUCCUCAAUAUGGAAGUAGCAUACGGUGAUGAUACCUCAACUAAGGAAGUCUUCAGUCGGGCAUGUGGCAAUGCCGAUGCUCUCAAAAUGCACAAACAAAUGGCAGCCAUCUAUUCAGACAAUGGCAAAAAUCAAGAAGCCGAUGAGAUUUACGAAGCGAUGGUGAAAAAGUUCCGUGCGGAUUCUGAUGAUGUUUGGACGCUCUAUGGCGAGCACCUAAUGAAGACCAAUCGUGCUGAUACGGCACGUGAUUUGAUGAAAAGAGCACUCACGAGCGUUCCAAAGCAGCGACACGUUCCUUUAAUCAGCCGGUUCGCUCAAAUGGAAUUCCGCAAUGGAGAUGUUGAGAGGGGGCGUACAUUGUUCGAAAGCCUGGUUACUGCUUACCCGAAAAAGACAGAUGUCUGGCUAGUUUAUGCUGAUCUCUGUCUCAAGCAUUCUGGAAUCGAGAUGGCCCGGCAAGUAUUGGAACGCGCAUGUGCCUUGAAACUUAGCAUGCACAAACUACGGCCUCUGUUCCGAAAAUGGAUGGAGGCUGAGCAACGGUUUGGAGACGAUAAAUCGCGGUUGCUGCUUCGAGAGAAAGCCGAGAAGUACCUUCAGAUGAAUCUCGAAGAUGAGGUGGAAGAUCUUGAAGACGUUUGA